AGCCCGCCCGGAGGCUGCAUUUUCAGCCGGCUGCUCCCGGAUCUCAGUUCGGCCGCGGCGAUCGGGGCAGCCAGCUGAGCUCAGUCCUCUGUCGGCGGGCUGGGCUUGGCGUUGCAAUCCGCCAGAGAAAACUGACUGGCGUGUUCGCAGCCUGGUCAGCCGCAGACAACGGAGAGGUGAAAUCGUGCUUGCAUUGAAUAGGACCCGCUGGCCAGUAGAAGUUGAGCGGAAUCGGAGGAAAUCCAAUAGCAAGUUUGAGACCCUUGGAAGUUGCGCUUGAGUCGGGGAAGGGGAGUGGGAAAGCAGGGAUCAUCAGGCAGGGAAGGAGCGGUUCACUUCCAAUGGGAGUGAGUGCCAGCUCUCCUUCACCUUGGGCUCUGCACCUGUGAAAUGUAGCAUUCCAACCAGAGGAAAGGGAUACAACUGUAACUGUUUGUGGGGUGGCUGUGCAGGGAUCGGGAGCUCAGAUCACUUGUAACUGUAAGAAGCAGGACACUCCGCAGGAGGAAAGGGGACCUGAAAAGUCCAAGUGGGGGAAGUUUAAGCAGGCACAAAAGAGGUGGUGCAAGUCUUGGGGGAGGACAAAUCAGGUUGGCAGCAGGAAAUCUGAAGAGGACACUAUAAUCUUAAUAGAGCUAAGGGAGAGCUGACAGCCCCCCUCAGGUUAAAGGUCAAGGGACUUGCUGUCUCCCAUAUGAUGUGUGCUGACAUCAUAGAUGAUACUGGGCAGGUGGAGGGGAGCUGAGAUUCCCCUAAGAAUAUCAAGGGGGCAGGAGGAGCUGUCAGGCCCUCCGAAUACUGUCAGGAUCAAAAGAAGACUCCGCUAGCAUGUGGAGAAAGCUAAUAGGGUAGAGCGCCAAGGCCUUCUUAAGGGACCAGGAGAAAAACCUAACCAAGUAGAGAGAGAGAACACUUUGUCAAUUCCUGCCGCAGGAAUCCCAAAUCUUUUGGCCAUGGAUGCUUAUGAAGCCUGUAUCUCACUGCUUGUGAUGGCGGGUACUGUGAUGCUCACAGCAUGGUGCAGGCAACAGGCCCACCAAUUUAUACACCGUAACCCACAAAUGUACUGCUUUUUCCUGGAGCUAAGUGGUGCUUUCCAGAUCUGUGCCUGUACCCAUGAGCUUCGCCUGCUCGCUGAUUUGCCACCCAAGCCUCAGAUGGCACUUGCCCUUACUUACAUUUUCACUACUUUGCAUGGCUUCUCAUUGCCUGGCAGCAUCAACAACCCUUCCAGCAGCUUUCAGCUUCUCUGCAGCAACAGGAUCACGGUCAAGACCUGGUGGCUACAGACUUCAGCUCAGUUCAUCGGCGCCAUACUGGCUGACAUUUACAUCAGGUUGAUCUGGAUAUUCGGGAUCAUACCAGGGCAUUCAAGGGCACUAGGAGAGAACUGCAGCGAUCCGAUGCAAACUACCGUAGCCAGUGCUUUUAUUCUGGAACUCCUCUUCUCCUUCUUGCUCCAUCUGACCUUGCUGAAGUUUGAAUCAAUGAAUCACAAGGCAAAAAUCCAUCUUGUUGCUUUGCUGAUCACUACUUUGGUAUAUGAAGGAGGGCAUCUCACAGGAGCCGUAUUUAAUCCAGCUCUGGCGUUCUCUUUGCACUUGAGAUGUUUUCUUGACAAAUUCUGGAACUACACACUGGUGUACUGGGUAGCACCCUGCUUAGGGUCUGUACUGGUGGCUGUUUUAUGGGAUGAAGUAAUUCCUUAUCUACGCAACCAUUUUAAUGCUCAAGAGACUCAGCAAAACUGAUGCAGCUAUAUUCUACACAGACAGAAGGCUGGACAUUAAUAUCACUUCAGCGAUAUUCAGGCUGGUGUUUUGGGAAUAUAAUUUUAGGAUUUCACAGAAUGGCAUUGGUUUGUGCCCCAAAAGGACAGACUUGGUUUUCUGAGCUGAGUCAUGUAUUUCUAACCUCACAAGCAGAGCUUCAAGAAGCAUUUGUUGACCUCAGACUAGAUGUCCCAUUUUUGGGCCCGUCUUUCAAAUCAGUAUAAAAAAAGAGAAGUCUUCUGAUUGGCUGAUAUUGGCCAGCAGUUUUCAGCAUAACACAGCUGUCUUGUGCUAGCAAAGAACUUGCCUCUCAUCACUUGCCUGCACCUUCCUAGGGUCCAUCCCUCAGAUUCAGGUUUACAUCUAUAGCUACAGACAUGCCCUUCAGAGGGGAAUAGGAUGACUGGCAAAGUGAGCUCUUGAUAGAUGUUUGCCAUUGACAGACGGUUAGUGCCAGAAAGGGGAAACUGGGUGGAAGAUAUUUUACUAACAAACAUAGUUAUUUCUGGGUGUGUAACUGUGAAAUUCUUAUAAAUGCCACCAAGACUUUAAAAGUCCCCCCCCUGACUUGUAAGCAACACAUUUUCCUUUUGGUGCACUGUUAAGGUGCCUGCCAUGGUGAGCAACCAGCGCUGGUCCUGGAUAACACUCACUGACAGACGUUUGGAAUACUCGGUAUGCUUCAUGAAUGUUAGGUGGCACAUUUAAAAAUUAUUGGUCAUACAGCUCAUUAUGUGUCACCUCAGAAUCAGCAGAAAAACACUAAAGACGCCAUGCACAAAACAGGACAGGCUGAAUAACAGAUUUUGAGUAAGUUCAUAGGUCAACUCCUAAGACUGUGUUAAUGACCUUACACAAAAGAAGUAUUUUUAAGUAUAACAAAAAUACAUCUGAAGAAGUCUGUACUUCUCAAAUGAUAUCCACUUAUUUUACAGAAACUAUUAAGUGGUUGCACAAACAGCUGGUAUUUUUGUACUUCAGCAAGGACCUUUGAAAAAGGUUCUUGAACAUGAUGUAAGGCAGCAAGCACUAGGGUUUUUUAUUAUUAUUAAUACCAUGGAGGUGUAUGUGCCAAUCCUUCAUUAAUAUGCAAACAUUUGCUUUCAGCAAUCUUCUGUCCUUGCUCUCCAUGAGUUAUUUGACUAUAGUCAUGAGACAUGCUUCUCCCCACGCAACUGAAGUCAAUGCUAAGCUUUAGGAACCUGCAGGUGAGAUUCAUGUCCAGAACUGUUCAACAGCUGGCUUCUUUGCAGGCCACAAAAAGUACUUUAAAAACAGUAAGAUUUCCCCCAAACUGGCUCGAUAAGUCAGCUGCUAUUUCAAAAAGAAUGUUUUGUUGAAUCACCAAGUCAUUGUUAAAUGCAACUUAAAAUCUUUGGUGGGAGGAAGAGCAGGGUUUCUUUUUAAAAGUAAAUAAUGUGAAGAACUGAA